GGACUCGGACACAAAACAGCCUAUUCCCGCUAGGGGGGCAAUGGCGAAAGUAUCGCCAAAUAACCACCUAUAAAAACACAGAACACACUCAACACAGUAUCCAGUUCGAUUCCCGACACCAACCACCGUUGAAGAGGCAUUAUGAAAACAACGUUCUGCUUAGUUUUCCUGCUGGUAGCAGCCGCAGCUGCCAGCGAGAAGAAGACGACAGAAAAGAAAGCGGAGCCAUUGGAGAAGAAACUGGACAAACGUGGUCUCUUGAACCUCGGCUAUGGAUACGGCAUUCACGGGCUAGACGUCGGCUACAUCGGCAGCGGCCACGGCUUCGGCGGAGCAUACAACCUGGUCGAUGACCACGCCUACAGCGGCUACGGCAUCGACCUCGGCCAGCACUCCGACACCACCAGGACCAUCACCCUCGUCAAGGGAGUCCCAUACGCCGUGCCCGUCGAAAAACACAUCCCCUACCCCGUCGAGAAGCCCGUGCCCUACCCCGUCAAAGUGCCCGUACCACAGCCCUACGAGGUCGUCAAACACGUGCCUGUUCACGUGAAAGAGUACGUCAAAGUCCCAGUCCAUGUGCCCGCGCCUUACCCGGUUGAGAAGAAGGUACCUUACCCCGUCCACGUUCCCGUCGACAGGCCUUACCCCGUGAAGGUCCUCGUCCCUCAGCCCUACCCCGUUGAGAAACACAUUCCCUACCCCGUCAAGGUGCCAGUGCCCCAGCCUUACCCCGUGGAGAAACACGUGCCAUACCCGGUCGAAGUUAAGGUUCCCGUUCCCCAGCCUUACCCAGUGAUCAAACACGUUGGUGUCCCCGUUAAGGUGCCCGUUGACAGGCCCUACCCCGUACACGUACCUGCUCCCUACCCCGUUGAGAAGCCCGUCCCAGUCGCCGUGCCCGUUGAGAAGCCCGUGCCUUACCCCGUCAAGGUCCCCGUCGACAGGCCUUACCCCGUCAACGUAGACAGGCCUUACCCCGUGCCCGUUAAGGUGCCCGUCCCUGAGCCCUACCCAGUAUACAAGCACGUGCCUUACCCAGUUGAGAAGCCCGUGCCCUACCCCGUAAAGGUGCCCGUCGACAGGCCUUACCCCGUGCACGUUGAGAAGCACAUCCCAGUCCCCGUAGAGAAGCCUUACCCAGUUCCCGUCAAGGUCCCCGUGUUGGUUAGCGAGCACGACCACGACCACUCCAGCCACUUGAGCUUUGGAGGCUCCUACUACAGCCAUUAGAAUAAUACUAGUUUUAAUAUUAUAAAUUUUCAUCCGCCAAGCGAUCAUUGAAAUAUUAUUUAUAAUCUCGCCUAAUGGCCGGGACACCAGCAAAAGGAAACACAUCAUUUUUUGUAUAUUUAUAUGUAAACAUGUCAUGCAUGUAUGAGCGUACGUGUACGUAGUGAUAUAAAGGUUACCAUUUUAGGUUUAAGAUGAAUGUAAAAAAGUAUGAAAAAAUUAAAUAAUUAAAAGUUA